AUGGCGAUCGUACAGUGGGCUGAGAAUGUGAAUAAUGCUGUGAAUAUACCAAGUCAGGCGGGUGAGGAGUUUGUUCCCGUGAGACGGAAUGGUAAAAACUCGGCAAAGGGGAGGAGACAGGUGGUGAUGACGGAGGAAAGAGGAGGAGGACAGAUGGAAAAUUUGGUGAGGGGAUCUCGGAGAGGUGCAAAUAUGGCAAAUGUUGUUACCUCAAAUAGAUUCAGGGGAUUAAAGGAGGAUACACAAUCUUUGGUGUUAAGGGAAUCUCAAGUUAUUGAGGCGAAUAAGGAAAAUAUUGAGAUUUCGAAUAUUGAGGCUAGCGGGAAAAGAGGCGAGAAUGGUGUGGGGAUUGUUUUUGGGGCUGAAGGAGGGAAGAUGAUAAAUGGGCCACGUUCAGAUGGAAGGAAUAAGAAGUUAGAGAAUGGUAAGGCCCAUGAAAGUCAGUUUAACAGGUCUAAUUCGACCCAUAUGGCGAAACCGGGAAAGGGUUUGAUUUUUGGUCCUGCUCGUGAUGAAUUGGCACUCUCGGUUAAUAGUAAGAGACUCAGAGUGGAGAAGGAUAAUAUGGGUCGGUCUGGAGGUAGUGUUAUUGUCGAAAGAAAGAAGAGUCAGGACAAGAGUGCAGAAAGUGUUAUGCAACAAGAUGAGGUGAAUCAAAACAUGGUUGCGUUGGGAGAUGGUGAGCGGAUGAUGGAGGAGACGUUAAGUAAGGACCCGUCGGGGAAGAUGACGGGGGGACUUAAAGAUUAA